AUGUAUUUGAGAAAGCACAAAGGUAUUGAAGUGACGCUCACUCAAAAUCCUAAGCCUAAACCAGAUUGGAAUAACUUAGUAUUUGGUAAAAACUUUAGUGAUCAUAUGUUGAAAAUAGAAUGGACUGAGAAACAAGGUUGGGGAACACCAAGGAUACUACCAUAUGGUAACUUGUCACUAUCUCCUGCCACUAGUUGUCUUCAUUAUGCUAUUGAGUGUUUUGAAGGUAUGAAGGCAUUUCGUGGUACUAAUGAGGGUAAAAUCAGACUAUUUCGUCCAAUGAAGAACAUGAAAAGAUUUAAUGAUUCGGCCAUCGCUACUAGUCUACCGACCUUUGAUGGAGCUGAGUUCUUAGAAUGUAUUAAAGAUCUUUUGAGAAUUGAUAAAGACUGGAUACCUCAUGUUGAGGAUUGUUCUCUUUAUAUAAGACCAACUAUGAUUGCAACAGAACCUGCCAUUGGAGUACAAAGAAGUAGUUCAGCAUUACUUUAUUGUAUUGCUGGGCCAGUUGGUCCAUAUUUCGAAACUGGAACAUUUAAUCCUGUUGAACUGUAUACUGAUCCUAGUUUUGUCAGAGCUUGGAAAGGAGGUGUCGGACACACAAAAUGGGCGCGUAAUCUAAGGAUGUCACAAGUCUUAUGGUUAAAUGAAGAUGAUCACCAGCUCACCGAAGUUGGCACAAUGAAUGUAUUUGUUCACUGGAUCAAUGAAGAUGGAGAUCCAGAGAUAGCCACGCCCCCUUUGGAUGGUAUAAUUUUACCUGGGGUAAUCAGAGAUUCGUUGUUAGAAUUAGGAAAUACUUGGGGAACUUAUAAAAUAACUGAGCGGACAAUGACAAUGGCAGAUAUAAUAGCAGCUGUAAAUGAAGGAAGGUUUGAGGAGAUGUUUGGUGCAGGGACUGCCUGUGUAGUCUGUCCUAUAAGUGGCAUCUUGUAUUCGGAGAAGAAAGAUGAUGGAUCAUACAGCACCCCUGACUAUAAAGCUCAUCCUGAUAAGUAUGACUCCAAUUUUCAUGAAAAGUUCAGUCAUGAUUCAUUUCAUAAUAGCCUCUCUGGAAAUGGCAUUUUGAUGACAAGUAUUGAUAAUAUGCCUGCACAGUUACCUCGUGAAGCUACAGAUUACUUUGGAUCAAGACUGGAACCAUUUAUCUUUGACCUG